AUGACAACUAUAUCACAGAUUUUGGAAGGACUUUCUGAUACAUUUACCAGUACUGGCACAUUGAAUAGGAUUCUACAUUAAUAAGAUCAGCCAGAUUAUUAAGACUUAAGUGAUGAAGAUGAUUACAUGGAUGAAAUCUCUUAAGAAGCAAACGGACAGCUAGAAUAAAAUUAAAUAGAUAAUCAAGAGGGUAACUAGAAUACUAGCAUCCUAGGAUAGAAAUCAUAAAAGAAGUCAAGUGGGCCGAAAUUAGAAAAAAUCCUGGAAGAUGAUGAAUUUCUCCCUGAACUUCGUCAGAGAAAUGAAGAACUUCUCAAAUACUUAACUCUAGAUAAAGUAGUACAAAUGGUUGACUUUAUAAUUAUUGAACCUGGAUUCUCAGACUCUCCAGCAAGAUGCUUUAAAUUACCAUUUGUAGUUACUGAAGCUUUUAUAUGCGAUAAUGAUCAUAUAAAAAGGCUGAUAUUUAACACUGAGAAUACAGAGAUUUUGGACAAGCUUUUUUCCUUCAUUAGAACUCCAUCUAAUAAUGGUCGAAGAUUAAAUCCAACUCUAGGAGGUUACUUGAAUAAAAUUGUGUCCUUUUGGCUAAUAAGGGACUCAGAAUUAAUUCUAAGGUACAUUAUCAAAAAUAUCUCUAUAAUAGAGAGUCUAUUCAGCCAUCUUUAUCUGACUCAGUGUGUGACAGACAUUCUUGUCAGAUUGUGCACCGUUAAAAAUAUAUAAAGCAUUAAUCCAGAUGAAUACAGGCAAAUUAGAUCUGAAAUCAUUUAGCAUUGCGUCAACUCACUUGAGCAAUAUCACAAAGAUGAUUUCAUCACAGAGCUUUUGUUUGAAAUUCUUACUGGUAUCGUUAGGAAAUGUUAUCAAAUGUAUAAACCCAGAGAGUUCUUUGAUUCAUUAAUGUCUCCAUUUGUCCUCUAGCCAAUACUAGAUUUUAGCUUUUCAGGAGGUUAUGGAAGCAAAUAAGGUUCUGAAUUUCUAAAAUUGCUGUUUUUCAACAUGUUCAUAGCUUCCCCUAAUGAAGCAGUUUAGGAUGUCAUGGAAAUAAAUUUUGGGUUCUAAAUAACAUAGAUAGCUGGAUUGACUACUGAGGAGUUCAGUAAAAAAUAAGACUCAGGGGAGGUAGCUAAUUAGGUUGAGGAACAGAUUGAACAACAGCAAAAUAAAGAUGAAAAGCAAAUCGAGAAAAAAGAAUAAGCAACUGGUGAAUUCGAGACAAUGAAGCAGGAAGAAUUAAUGAAGCAGGCUCUUCUUUAAGGUGCAUAGAAAAUUUAUGAUAAAUCUACUGAUCUCAAUCUCUUACUGGUAUAAUAAAUAAUGAGCUUUUUUACCAGAUUUGAAAAUUUGUUGAAAUAAUAGGGUCUUAAGACUUUGACUAGAAUAAAAUUAUACGAACUUCUUGAAGUGCUUAUUUAACUUGAUAGCGAAGUCAUGAACAGAGGCUUCUUUGAAAAGAGAUUCACUGACAUUAUUAUGCAGUCAUGCUUCGAUCUAAAAGUGAAACUUUUUAAAGAGACCCAAAUGCUUUUUAGAUUUGCAAAGAGGCUUUCUUUGACUGAAUUUACAUUGAAAGAUAUUUAUUCAUUUAUUGGCUAGCUCGUCUUAUAUUUAUAAAAGUAGGCUCCGCUUAAGAAACUUUUAUCAGAAUGUGAGCCAAACUGGACAGCUCUACGUAAAGCAGUUGAAGAUGAGCAAGAACAAUUAAUCUAGAAUUGGGGUGAGAAGCAUCUAGAAAAUAAACAGCCUCGUCCAGUUCGUAAAGAAGACAUUAUAAGAAAGCAUGAGGAAGCUCAACAAACUGGUAUAAAUCUAUUAGAUAAGGGUGCUCUAUCUACAACCAAGAAGAUAGUAUCAACAAGUGUUCAAAGCAGAAAGAAGAUGAUGAUGAUGGAUGAUGCUCUUAAUAAAUGA